AUGGAGGUGAAGAAUUUUUUUAAGGCUAUUGUAUUAUGGUCCACCAUUGAUAAAGGAUUUGAUGAACCCCCAGAAUGCACAACAUUGACGGGUGAUGCAGUUACUCAAUUGGAGAAGAAUAGACAUUUAGAUUAUGAGGCACGCUACUAUCUCGCCAUCAAAGUCGAAUUGCAUGUAUCUAAAAAAUAUUUGCAUGCAAAGUCAUCAAAGGAGGCUUGGACAAUCUUGGUGAAGUCAUAUCGAAAAGUUACUAACAUAAAGAAGGAGAAACUACAAAAGUUUAAGAGUCAAUUUGAGUUGGCUCGUAUGAGACCAACAGAAUCUAUCAAAGAAUCUUUUACAAGAAUUGAAGAAAUAGCCAAUAGUCUAAGGACCAAUGGAGAAAUAUUAGAAGAAGUUAAACUUAUUGAAAAAAUAUUGCAGUCUCUACGUUUAAAGUUUAGCAACAAGAAAAUUAUUAUUGAGGCUACAAAAAAUCUUAGUACUCUCGAACUUGAUGAUUUAGAAGGUGAAUUGGUGACAUAUAAGAGAUCAUUGAAUCAAGAGAAUGAUGCGACAUUGGAGGAUGUAUCGCAAGAAAAGGUUGAUCAACCAAAAGAAAAAGAAGACAUCAAAUCCGGCGGAGAUAAAUCAAUAUGGCUAAAAUUCAGAAACAUACGAGAAAAAAGAGAAGGUACAUGUAAUUUUUGUUGUGAUAGAGAUUAUAUUGAAUGCAAAGGAAAGUCAAAUAAUAUUCAAAUCGAUCUUUCAAAAAUUCAUGCGAUUGAUAAAAAGGAUGAUUUAGUUGCAAAGGAUGUCCGUCCAAAAGAG